AAAGAAAGACGUUAUAAUACCAAAUAAAGUCGCAUUUCAUUCUACUUUUAAAACAAUUGUGGUACGAUUUGUUUGUCCCAGAUUUUCGUCAUUUUCAAUUUUGUUCAAGUAAAGGCUGAUAAACAUUUAGUUUCAUGUCACUGUGGCUUAGAGGUCAAGUAAUGGUUUUGUACUUCUUGUUUUAUGUGCGCCACAGGUGUGGGACGUAUUUCUGAUGACGAUUUCCGGUAAGGGCUGGGAGAUUCUUUCCUAUGUGUUCAUUCCCGUAGUUUACUUUCAAAUGAAGAGAAGGAUCAAGAAGGCCGUGCGCCAGUCCCCUUCUCUAUACGUGGACAAAGGAACUCUGGCAGCAGUCAAGACAGUGGACAGAGUAAUGACCACCAUACCACUGUUCUUCUUGACCCUGAGAAUCUGGGGGACAAUCCGCUUCCUGGCCAAUACGGUUGUCUGGGUAAACCAGAUGGAGCAUCUGCCUCGUACAUUUCAUGUCAUUGUGAACCAAAUCUUCCCCGUGUUGCAGGCAGUCGGUGACAGCGGGCAGGGCUUCGUUAACUUCAUCAUCUACUGCUUCCUGACCGCGCCUGUAAGACAAAAACUUCUGCAGCGCCUCGGAUUGACCAGAUACAGCCUACGUCACAGUGUCGUCAUUGAUUACGACACAAGCACCAAUGACGUCACAUUCCAGGGUGCUCACAGUUACNUGUUUGGGGAACUAAGUGUUCAUGAUUGCUGA